GGGAGAGGGGUUGCGGAGCCGGGGCUGCCGCUGUCAUGGACGCCUGGGUUCGCUUCAGUGCUCAGAGCCAGGCCCGGGAGCGGCUGUGUAGGGCUGCCCAGUAUGCCUGCUCCCUUGUUGGCCAUGCACUUCAGAAGCAUGGGGCCAGUCCAGAGUUACAGAAGCAAAUUCGACAACUGGAGGGUCACCUGAGCCUAGGAAGAAAGCUUCUACGCCUGGGUAACUCAGCGGAUGCUCUUGAGUCAGCCAAACGAGCUGUGCACUUAUCAGAUGUUGUUCUGAGAUUCUGCAUCACUGUUAGUCACCUCAAUCGAGCCUUGUACUUCGCCUGUGACAAUGUCCUGUGGGCUGGAAAAUCUGGACUAGCCCCUCGUGUGGAUCAGGAGAAGUGGGCCCAGCGUUCAUUCAGGUACUAUCUGUUUUCCCUCAUCAUGAAUUUGAGCCGUGAUGCUUAUGAGAUUCGCCUACUAAUGGAGCAAGAGUCUUCAGCUUGUAGCCGGCGACUGAAGGGUUCUGGAGGAGGAGUCCCAGGAGGAAUUGAAACUGCAGGACCUGGGAGUCCAGGAACUCCAGGAGGAGGCUUGCCUCAGCUGGCUGUCAAGCUUCAGCUCCGAGUCCUGCUCUUGGCUCGGGUCCUUCGAGGUCAUCCCCCACUUCUGCUGGAUGUGGUCAGAAAUGCCUGUGAUCUUUUCAUUCCACUGGACAAACUAGGCCUCUGGCGCUGUGGCCCUGGGAUUGUGGGGCUUUGUGGCCUUGUGUCCUCCAUCCUGUCUAUUCUUACUCUGAUCUGCCCUUGGCUACGACUCAAGCCCUGAUAUUCUGGUACAGGAUGAGGAGGGGAUCUGAAUUGGUAAGACAGAGUCUAAGAUCAUCCCCAGUGUACCAGCCUCAUUCUGAUUCUACUCCUUUGUUAAAGUUAAAAUGCCAAGAUUUGGGGGGUAGAGGGAGGAGCUUUGGGGAAGGUGAGGUGAAGAAAGGUAACUUGUGAAGUCAAUGGGAUAGUUCUAAUGUUCAGAUAUUCUGGAGCUUUUGCUUUUUCCUCCUUCAUUGCAAUGUCUAUGUCUUUCUUGACCCUUUUUACUUUGUUUUUCUUAAGUCUAUUUAAGAUUCUGUCUCUGCAUUUUUUUUUCACCUUCUCAGUUUGCUGUCCCAGGAAUUGGAUCAGCAGAAUUACUUUUUUUGGUAGGGGAGGUAGAAUGUCUGUAAGGUUCUAACUGCCUUCUUUUUCCUCACAAAGGCUGCUUGUGGCAGAUUUUACCCCCUUCAAAUGCCACCAAAUCAUAAUUCUAGAGACUUUAUGUCCCAGUGGAUUCUCCCCUCAUGCACUAGAGACUGUUUGAUACUUACUCCUUCAUGUCUACCUCACCAGCCUCCCUCAUGACUUGGCCCUUCCCUCUACUCAUACCUGCAGAUUUCUGCUUACACUUUUAUUUCAGGGCUUUGUUCCCUAGCCUCUUGUCACCCCUUCUUCACCUAUCCAGAAGGAUGCUAUGUCUAGCAUCUUGCUGUAAAUAUUGUACAGUGAUUUCUGUGUAAAUAGCUGUGGCCAUGCCCACAAUGGAGAGCAAGCCUUCCAGGUCAGCAUAUUAAAGAUCAGUUUGCUCAUCA